AUGGUAGGAGCAGGGAGCGCGCGGGGAGCUUGGUGGCUCAUUCUACCCGUGAUAGAGACCACCGAGCCCUACUCCUCCCGCGAGCUAAGAUUGAACAGCUACAACACUAUUUAUCUGCUCGGCGGAGGUACCUCGACUCGCACACAAUCCAGCUAUACCAACCACCACUAUCACCAUCCAUCGCCCAUGACACCACCCUAA